UUCGACUUUGUGUCUUUCUUGUCAAUCAAAAUUCAAUUAAAAUAUGGAUCUCCUAAAAGAGGAGAUAAUGAAAAAACGGAAGCAACUGGAGGAGAGUAACGUUCUCGCUGGAAAUAGAAAAUACUUUCGAAGAGGCGAUCUCAUUUCCAAGGAGACAGCAACAGCACAGAGCAGUGGUUGUACAAAAAAUAAUACCGAGAACACAGUAGUAAAUAGAAAUUCGGAGCAGUCUGUUGAGAAUACAGUGGAGCAUCAACAAUUAUCCAGGCCAGAAGUUAUAAGAAGAAUGCGUGAACGCAGUGAACCUAUUCUAUUGUUUGGAGAAUCGGAACUAGAGGCUUUCCAACGACUACGUAAAUGUGAAAUUUUGGAGCCAGAAGUUAAUAAAGGAUUCAGAAAUGAUUUUCAAGAAGCGAUGGAACAAGUGGACCAAGCGUACCUGAACGAGCUUCUCUCCUCCUCAAAGCCAAAUAAUUGUGAUAGAAAAGGAGAUGUCAAUGUUCCUGACGAAGAAAUAACGUACGAAGACAUUCAGAAGAUGUCAGCGAGGUUGAACAGGGGAGACAGGGACUUCGAUAUGAGUGUAAUUACCCAAUUUCUCCAGUUUCUGGUACUCGUUUGGGGUAAUCAUUUGAAUAGCCGGGGAACCGCCGAGAAGAUGAGCACGAGGGGGAAAAUGGCUAGUGCCACGUAUGCACAGACUAGAGAGUAUCUCAAACCACUCCUCAGAAAACUAAAAAAUAAAUCUCUCCCCGAGGAUAUCACCGACAGUUUGACUGAAAUUGUUAAACAUUUACUUGAACGAAAUUAUAUUUUGGCAAGUGAUGCAUAUCUCCAAAUGGCAAUAGGAAACUCUCCCUGGCCCAUUGGAGUUACAAUGGUUGGUAUCCACGCACGUACAGGAAGAGAAAAGAUUUUCUCGAAAAAUGUAGCCCACGUGAUGAAUGACGAGACUCAACGGAAAUACAUUCAAGCAUUGAAGAGAUUAAUGACGAAAUGUCAAGAAUAUUAUCCAACAGAUCCCUCCAGAUGCGUCGAGUAUACGAAAAAAUAAGUCUCAGUCAGUAACAAUUAUUUGAAUUUAAUUUUCUCAAAUGAAAAAUAAUAUCAAUUGUAAAUAAACACCAAUGUCGAUGAUUUAUUGAAUUUUGCAAAGAGUAUUAUUAUU